CUUCUCGCUUUUGCUAGAGGCUAAUAUUGGUCAUGUUCACUAGUGUCGCCUCGCUCAUUGCAUUGCAUGCCGCGUCCUGUCUUGCAUGGUCGUGGUCGAAUACACUACGAGACACUGAAUCAGUCGAUGGCUAUGCGGACAGCACCGCACAUGACUUGCAAGAUAGUACGCCGUUUACAAUCUCCCAGAGCUUAUGCGGAAUUCCAAUAGGUGGUACAGCCUUCAAGGAGCUGUCAGAUCCAGAACUGGCUACCCUCUUCAGUGGAAAAAAUGCUCUUGGCUCUUACCACCGGAAAGCAGAUUGCUUCCAGGAUGCCAUGUCAAGGGUAAAAACGCGCUGUGAAGAGUCCCAUAUGGACGAACAAGAGCGCAUACAAGCCGCUAUUUCCAUGACCCUGUGCGAAUUGGCCACUGCUCGUCACUACGCGCCACCCAUGGAAUGUGCGGCAUUUUCCAAGGGACAGCAGAGGCCGCCGGACAGUUUUGCUCAAUCAGCAUGUGUAGAAGCAUUGUCCAGGAGUGCUCAAUUUUGGUCAAGUUACUCGGGAUAUCUCCGUGAACUUCCGCAGCUCUGUUUUGCAUUGAGACGUUGGUUGGACAUCGACAUAGCAAAGGACGUGUACAGGAAUAUCACUUCGGAAAAGCUAGCAUUACUUAAAUUUCUCAACGAAAGGGAGAAAAGCGCCAUGACAGCACAGCAACUCUGGACGCAAACUAAUCAGGUAGAGCCGCUAAUAUUUCUUGCAAGCUCUCGCCCUCCUAUUUGAACAGGAUUUGGAAAUUAUUUUGCA